AAUGCUAGUCACUGAAAAAGUAAAGUCACAGUCGGUUUGCUCAUCUCUAUGCUGCACGUUUGAUGUUUAUUUCCAUAACUGAAAAUUGGUCCUAUUAAGUUUCUAUUUCAUCCGGUUCUAACAAAGACGCGGUCGUGUUUUAUUAUUAUUGUUAAAUUCGAUACACAAAUUUAUGUAUAUAUUGGCAUAUAUUAAUUAAUUGAUGGACAUAAUGGAAGGCGCAAUUGCGCACAAUUUGGAGAAUGGCAAUUAUCGAACCAGCGAUGUUGCCGCCGGUCAGGCCAAAUCUUUCUCAGAUAUCAAUCACUUGAAACGCGAAGUGUUAGAUGGAUUGCAAAGAAACAAUUUUGUGACACCAACUAAAAUUCAAGCAGCUGCCAUUCCCAUGGCCCUAACAGGAAUGGAUUUGUUGGUUCAGUCCAAGAGUGGAACCGGCAAGACCCUCAUCUAUGUGAUUGCCGCCAUGCAGAUGUUGCAGAAAAUGAUAAAACAGCCGCAGGUUUUGAUUAUUGUGCCAACCCGUGAGUUGGCCAUCCAGGUGGAGAGCACAUUCCAAGCCAUGGCAGAGAAAAGUGUAUGUGCUUUUAUUGGUGGCACCGAUGUGACUAAAGAUCGUCAGCGAAUUCAUCAAUGUCGUAUUGUAAUCGGGACACUGGGACGUCUACUUCAUCUCUAUGAGAGCAAGGUCUUCAAUAUGUCGGAAAUUAAGCUCUUGGUGCUGGAUGAGGCCGAUCAAUUGUACAUGACAAAAGAUUUAAAGAAGACAGUGGGCUGUUUAGUUAAUCAUAUGCCCAAGCGGCUACAAAUUAUUGCCUGCAGUGCCACAUUUGAGAAUAAUCUGGACGAGCAUUUGGCCAAAUUAAUGCUCAAACCCAUAUUGAUAUCGAAUAGUGAACGAGCAACCGUACUCCUCGGUAUACGCCAGUUUGUGUACGAAUUCCCGGAACAGGUAAAUGGGAUUGAGGAUAUGCUUCGAAAGGUGGAGGCUGUGCAGAAUAUAGUCGCCCAAUUGCCCUAUGAACAGGCAAUUUUCUUUGCCAAUUCUCUCAUACGAGCAGAUUCAUUUCGCAAUUAUUUGAAUGCCAGUGACAUUCAAUGUGCAUUACUCUCUGGAGCACUUGAUCAAAGGAAACGUCUUGAGGCUUUUGAAGGCUAUCGCCGUUUUACUAUACGAACCAUGGUGGCCACAGAUCUAAUGGCACGUGGCGUUGAUUCAUCGUAUGCUAAUUUGGUUAUCAAUUUGGAUAUACCCCGAGAUCAUGUGACUUAUUUACACCGCAUUGGACGCGCCGGACGCUUUGGUUCAAAGGGUAUAGCCAUUACACUGUUAUCCUCAUCUGAGAGUGCGAAAUUCAAAGAGAUGCUUAGUCAAAUCGGUACCGGAAUGACUGUUUUACACUUUCCCCAUGACAAACUAAAGAAGCAGGAGGGGAGCUUUAAUUUUUGGGAUUUUGACACAUAUAAUCUGCCACAUUAUGUCAGCGAGAAUGGUGACUCAGAUGAUGUAAAUAAACCUAAUAAACCACUCCAGGAAUUAGCAUUAAAUAGUGAAAGCAAAAAUGCUGCAUCAAAUUCAGUUAAUAUAAUUUUUCAAUCACACAACGAGAAUAAUAGUCUAGAGGCUGAUUAUGUAAAGGUUCCCAAUCCAGAGCCACAAACUUUAUCGCCCAUAUCAUCGACCGCUGAACAUACUCAAAAGGAUAAUAAGACAUUGUCAUCAACGGAUUUGUCCCUACCACCAGCGGCCCCUAAUUCCAUAAACACAAAAACCUAUUGCCUAGUUGUGCCCCCUAAUAAUGAGCCAAGCUCGACAACAUUGCAACCGUUAGGCGUAUCAAAUACUGUAGAUGAUGCCAGUAGCAUUAUAUCGGAUAGCAUGGAAUGUGGUGGCUAUUCAAGUGAUACUUCAUACAUUAGCUAUUACGAAUCAAAGGAUCAACGUCUCAUUUGGUCACAUUUUAAGACCAAGCAAACUCAAAUGAAACGUCACAAAUUGAGUGCCCGUAAGCGGCACAUUCUCUAUCCCUGGCGCCAGAAUAAAAAACUAAGAUCCAAAAAGGUUUCACACAAAAAUCGUAAUGUUAAUGAACUUAAUUUACAAUUACUAGAACUGGGAGUGAUCAUGAAACAAAAUAAUUUCCAAAUUGAAAGACGUCCGCUUCUUGAGGAUCCCUCUCAACUAGACUUGCUAAAGAAAUUUGAAAACUGGCAAGAUAUCAAGCAGUCUUUGAAUAAAUACAUUAAAAAACGUAAUUGGAGUAUCGCAAAAUCAAGCGAAUGGUUAAAUGAACUAUGUGAUGCAAUGCAGGAAUUGUAUUAUAACAAAUUGAAGUCAACUAAAUCAGGAGCGAUGACACAAUUGAAGGGGUCGACACCAACAUUUAUUAAAUCCUUAGUCAAGAGCAAACCAUAUUUAUUAGAAAGUAAGGAAAUGCCACAGCUGAGCAAACUAAGUGUCCAUGUUGCCCAUCAGUUGAAUAUACCAGCAGAGAAUUUAGCAGAAAAUGUAAAUGAAAAUGCAGAGGCUGAGGAUGAAGAAGAAUCGAGUUCGUCAUUUGAGAUACAUGUGAUUAUGUCAAGCGAUAGUGAGAAUGACGACGAAAGUGAUUUGGAGUCGGAAGAUACAUCCAGUGGUUUUGAUGAGCGAAAUGAUAGUCCUUCAUCGGGUAUAGAUACCUCAAAAUAUGAUUCUGAUUCCUCUAAUAAUUAUCAAUUUGUAGAAGAUAGCAAUGACGACGACGAUAACAACUAUGACGAUGACGACGACGACGAUGACGACGACAACGACAACGGCAACGAUGAUGAUGAUGAGAAUAGCUAUAAUCCAUUUGAGAAUUUUUUCGCUGAUCUGAUGGCCGGUAGGUUCCCGCGCCAUUUAACCAAUGAUGAAGAAGAUGAAGAGAACUCACAAUCUGAAAGCAGCGCCAAUAAUUUGGAUAACGAUAAUGAUGCCGAAGAUGAUAAUGAUAUUGAGGUACAACCAGUUGGUGGUAGGAUGACUCAAAUGAUUCAGGCUCAUUGUCGCUGGCAGCAAAUAUUUAACCAGCAGUAUCAAUUUAUUGCCACCUAUGUGAACAAUUAUAUGGCCAUGGCACAUCCCGAGCUGUAAGUGAAUGGGAAAUCUUAAGUAUGCUAUUAUCAUCAUCUAAAAACACAUUACAACUAAAACUCAGGCAUAGUUCUAAAAUUCUAAAAAUAGAAACUGAAAUGUUCCAAAAGGCUGUAUCAGCUACACACACAAUACACACAAGCACAAACGCACACACACACACACACACAUACAUACACAGAUCUUAGGGUUUUUAUUAUUGCUAUAUUGGAUACCAAUAUCUAAAACAAGUUACUUAUUUGAUACAAAGAAGAAUAUAUAUUCAUGGAAUUGAAA